AUGUCUCCCAGUCCCAGUGGCAAACUCGACACCGAUCGCGCUGAGAUGGAACAUAUCCAGCCAGCCAUGAGCAUUCCGAUCUCUCCUGAGCUAUUCGAACAGCUAUACCUCCAGCCUCAGAAUAGAGUCAAGGGAGAUCUCCGCAAGACAUUUGCCAAUCCAACACCAGUUGCCUUGGCCGGCUUUUUACUAUGCGCCACACCAGUGUCUAUGUCAUUGCUGGGAUGGCAAGGUGCUGGCGGUUUCGCUGCUGCGGCAAAUGUCGGUGCCUACUUCGGUAUCGGUGCUCUUCUACUUAUCAUGGGAGGACUCGGUGAAUGGAUUCUCGGAAACACGUUCCCGUGCACAAUCUUCUUCACGUUUGGUGGUUUCUGGAUAGCCUUCGGUGCAACAAUCGUGCCUGGUUCUGGAGCGUACAGCACAUACUCAACAACUGGCAAUGCUGCAGACGGUCUCAAAGAACCGUCUUUCUACUCGACUUUUGCCCUCUUCUUGGUUGCCAUGGCUAUCUUGUGCGCUGUGUAUAGCAUUGCCAGUAUACGCACCAACGUCUGUCUUUUUACUGUCCUUGUCCUUCUUAUCCCAUGCUUUAGCUGUCUUGCGGCUUCUUUCUUUGCUGUUGCUCAGGGAAAUGCUAGCCGUGCGCUCCAGUACCAGCAUGUCGGCGCAGGAAUCCUCUUUGCGGUUAUAGUGAUCGGCUGGUAUAUGUUGACUUCAAUGUUACUUCUGUCAGUCGAUUUCCCAGUCGUUCUGCCGCUCGGUGAUUUGUCUACCAUCAUUCGUGGGCGUACCGAGGCGAAGCCAAUCAGCAAGGGUGUUUAG